GAGCUGCCUCCGCGGUAACCCCGCCAGCCUCCGCAGGUCCCAGCCCUCAGGCAAUGGGCCCCGAGGAGGCGGCUGUCAUCCUCCCGUCCCCCUGGACGUCGGGAGACCGUGCUGGAGGACCGGGGCCAGAGGGAGCUGGAGCGGCGGGCGGACAUUAAAAAAAAAGUUUGGUAGCUGCCAGCCAGCGAACAAAGGUUAUCCCUGCCACCACACCACCUGCAAGAGCACAAGAGAAAUUCGCAUAUUUUGCUUCUUGACUUUUAAAAUGGCUUCUGAACCAUCCAGAGGUGUUUUUAACCACUUGACCUAUUUUCUGGCUGCUGGUGCCAUUAGUUUGGGAAUUGGUUUCUUUGCUUUGGCAUCUGCUUUGUGGUUCCUGAUUUACAAACGAAGAGAAAUAUUUCAAAAUUCCAUAGUUAAAUUAACUGAUGAGAAACUUGCACAAAGAACAUCAAAGGUGAAGGUUAAAUCUAAUUCUCAGUGUGUUUUUAUUUCUCAAAACUUUCAUGAUGGAAGAGGCCAUUUGCAGGAGGAGCAAAGAAAAAAAGAAGCAGCAUGGAUAAAAGAAAGUGAAGAUCAUUCUGAAGAAUGCUGCCUUGCAAAACAAGACAUCAGCUGUGACCCCUCAGAGACUAGCUCGGCUGAAAAUGGCAGCAGUGCUACAUUAAGCUUAUCAACAUCAACAUCUGAUUCUUAUUGCAGCCAAAGUGUAGAAGCAGCAGAUGACUGGUUUUAUGAUGAUUCUGAAGCAAGAAAGGGUUCUUCAAAGCCUUUUCUUAAAGAACCUUUAACCGAAAAAGUGUUCUCAUACUUGUCAACCAUUUCACUGGAAGACUGUCCUGAAAAAUGUAAUGAAUAUGAUAUUUUAUGAUGAUCACAAAGAUGAAAGCAUUAAGGACAUAUUUUCACAAACACACAGAGAGGUUGAGAUAAAAAAAAAAACCUGCAACAUAAUAUGGGAUGACUUUUUUUUUCUUUUGAAACCUG